GAACAGAUUACUUUCAAACUCUGUCUUUCUUCCCCUGUUCCACCUCGUCCGAUCCCCAAAAAUACACUACUAAAAAAAAACACUCACAGCACAAGCUGAGAGACAGGGAUUGCCUCUUCUUUUAGCUAGAGAAUGUCGGAUUUGGCCAUCAAGCUGUUUGGGAAGACGAUUCCACUGCAAGUCAAUCAGCUGGAGGAGGAUGUGUCUCGUGCUAAUAACAUGCACGAGUCUUCCUCAAGAACACCAGCUGCCCCACCCGAGACUGAGGAGUACUGUUACACUGCUACUACUUGCUUGCACGAAAAAGACAAGGAAGAGCAAGAAGGCAACCACAGGGAGUCUUCAGGAGAGGAAAUUUCCAACGAGAAACAAGAAGAUGUUACCUCGUGUCAGAUCACCGAGGAGUCAAAAGAUCCAACAUCAUCAAGAAUUAGUGAGAAUCCACAGACUCCCUCAGUUGAGAGGGAAACUUCAUCACUGAAAAGCAGUAAGGAUGAAGAACAAAGUGAGACAAGCAUCUCACAAGAAAAGACUCCGAAGAAGCCUGACAAAAUACUUCCAUGCCCUCGAUGUAAUAGCAUGGACACUAAAUUCUGUUAUUACAACAAUUACAAUGUCAAUCAGCCUCGUCAUUUCUGUAAAAAGUGUCAGAGAUACUGGACUGCUGGAGGAACCAUGAGGAAUGUGCCCGUGGGAGCCGGACGGCGCAAGAAUAAGAGCUCUUCAGCUUCACAUUAUCGUCACUUAAUGGUAUCAGAUGCUCUCCGAACAGUUCAAGUUCAUGCCAUGAAUGGAGUUCAUAACCCCGCUUUCGGAAACAACAGCACAGUCCUUGCAUUUGGUUCCGAUUCUCGUCUUUGUGAAUCUGUUUCCUCUGUGUUGAAUCUUUCAGAGAAAACGCAAAAGAGUGUUCGAAAUGAGUAUCACAGGCCUGAACAUAGAAUCUUUGUACCUUGUGGAGGGGCAGGAAGUAAUGGGGAUGAUCGCUCAAGUGGAUCUCUCGCUACAGCUUCGGAUUCAUCAGAGAAGGGAUGUAAUGGUAAUUCGAGAGGAGCAGUUAAUAAGGAUUAUCAAUCCUUUCCUUCCCAGGUUCCCUGGUUCCCCGGGCCUCCUUGGCCAUAUCCAUGGAACACUGCGCUGCCUCCACCUACGUUUUGCCCCCCAGGCUUUCCAGUAUCGUUUUACCCCGCACCAACUUACUGGGGUUGUACCGUCCCGAGCCCUUGGAAUGUACCGCCAUGUGUAUCCCCUCCAUCACCCUCUCUAAAACACUGUACCCAAGACUCCAGUCCUACUUCUCCACUGGGUAAACAUUCAAGGGAUGGCAACAUCCUUCAUCCAGCCUACUUAGAAGAGGCCUCGAGGGAGGGCACCAAAUCAGUAAAAGGAGUUUUGGUUCCGAAGACAUCGAGGAUUGAUGAUCCAAGUGAAGCCGCAAAGAGCUCUAUAUGGGCGACCCUCGGGAUCAUGAGUGAAAAAUCCAAUUCCAUUAAUGGAGGAGGUCUAUUUAAGGGCUUUCAAUCAAAAAACGAAGACAAAAAUUACAUGGCUGGGACAACUUCAGUGUUGCAAGCGAACCCUGCUGCACUGUCCCGGUCUCUCAAUUUCCAUGAGAACACUUGAUGAGAGAUCGGCUAAGUUGUACACUUUCUGCAAUAAUUGUAAUUACAUGAAAUGGAGUUUUUCACAAGUCUAGUGCAGCUUCACUCUCAACAAAUUUGUGUUCCCUUUUACUCUAGGAGGUUGACACCUGACAGCUGACACAACCAGAAGGCCACCUUACAGACAAGGAAUUCCUAUACAGGAAAACCAGGAAAGGGUUUCCCUAUUUUUACCCUCUAGAAGAGCAUAGCCACCUCUGACUGGAACACAUCCUGAUCUCCGUCUCCCCUGCCAGUUGAUGUCCAGCUGUUUUUCCUUAUCCAUCCUAGAUGGUAUUAUUUUACUAAGUUAAUCAUGUACACGGUAUCCUGAAUGUUUAUAUAAAUCAAAAGUGUGAG